UCCCACACUCUCACUGCCCAAUCAACUCUCACCUCCCAAUCAAUCUCUACUCUAGGGUAGGUUCUUUGUUACUUAUAAUUUUCUCAUUCGGAAAAGAAGAACAAAAAUACUUGAAAUAGCUAUGGUGGCCAAAAUGCUCUACAUUGCUUUCAUAAUUAUCACUUCAAUGUACAUUGUUCAAGCUAGAAUUCCUGGUGUUUACUCUGGUGGUCAAUGGCAAGAUGCUCAUGCUACUUUCUAUGGUGGAUCUGAUGCUUCUGGCACCAUGGGAGGAGCAUGUGGGUACGGAAAUUUGUACAGUCAAGGUUACGGAGUGAACACAGCAGCAUUAAGCACUGCUUUGUUCAACAAUGGUUUAAGCUGUGGUGCUUGUUUUGAGAUAAAGUGUGCAAAUGACAAAGAGUGGUGUCAUUCUGGGAGUCCUUCAAUUUUCAUUACUGCUACUAACUUUUGUCCUCCUAAUUUUGCUCAAGCAAGUGAUAAUGGUGGUUGGUGUAACCCUCCUCGUCCUCAUUUUGAUCUUGCUAUGCCUAUGUUUCUUAAGAUUGCCGAGUAUCGUGCUGGUAUUGUCCCUGUUGCUUACCGCAGGGUGCCAUGCAGAAAGCGCGGUGGAAUAAGAUUCACCGUGAACGGAUUCCGUUACUUUAACCUGGUGCUAAUUAGCAACGUAGCAGGUGCUGGUGAUAUCGUGCGCGCGUACGUGAAAGGCACUCGAACCGGGUGGAUGCCACUGAGCCGAAACUGGGGUCAGAACUGGCAAUCCAACGCGGUUUUAGUGGGCCAGGCUUUGUCCUUUCGUGUUUCAAGCAGUGACCGUAGAUCUUCAACAUCUUGGAACAUUGCUCCUCCUAGUUGGCAAUUUGGUCAAACUUUCACUGGAAAGAAUUUUAGGGUUUAAUAUAUAAUAUAUCAAUGACAUUAUCAUAUGCUAAUUCUAAUAUAUAUUUUUUAAUGUUGGUUGAGAAAGGUUAAUUUUUCUUACUGUUUUUAGUUGGUGUUUUUUGACUUGAUGCUUUAUUGAGAAUGAGAUGAUGGAUGGGGAUAGAGAGAAAAUGACAAGUUAAUUGUGACUAGGUGUUGAUUUGUCUUGGUUAUUGAUGUUAGGGUUUGAUAUUGAUACAUUAUUAUAUAUAACUAAUGUAAUGAAGGUUGUACUUUGAAUUGCUGAAAGUGGCUAAACAAAUGGUAGCCCGCAGCUAAUUUGUAUUUUUACAGAAUGAUGAUGGUGGUGUAAUAUAUAUAAUAUUACCAUUUGCUUAUCAUUAUGAUU